UCUGUGCGAUCUGUCCCCUCUCCCUACCCAGCCCUAGGGAGGCUGACGGUGCUGGGGUCAGGAAGCCGUGCGUAUUUGGAGAGGGCAGGAUUGGGAAUCUCAUUCGCUUAAAUCAAUUAUAAUCAUAGGUGGCACUUGCUGUUUACUGCAGAAGUAAUUUCCUGCAACAGUGGGUUUGCCUGGGUUCAGCCUUCCCUCCCCUGUAUGGUGUCUUGCCCGUGUUGCAGAUGGUUUGGCUCAACAUCACGCCAGCGUCUGAGCGCCUCUGCCAGCCCUUCCAGGAAAGGUAUUUUCUAAGCUCUUUGUGCUUUGGUUCAGCACGUGAUGGAUCCCUGCAGCCCGUGAAUCAUCGCUCUUGCUGAGUAGCACUGCGCAAGUAGGACUUGCUCAUAUUAGCUAUACGAUACCUUCUUUGGGGCCGUCCUGCAGGUUGCUGAGCAGAGGGAAGGAUGAGUGUAUCCAGUAUCCUGCGGGGCCAGGUCGUUAAUUCACCUCUGGAUCUAGCAGGAGGGAGAUUGGGUUGCCAGCUCCAUCUCACUCGAGCAUUUGGACAUGCUUUCAGGUCUCCUGUUUCUGCUUCGUGAUAACAGCAGGGUGCUUCUUGCUUCAGCGUGCUGGCAGAGCCCCACAGACAAUCUCUGGCAGAAGGGGAAACAGCUGGGUCGAGGAAUGAGAAGAAUUCAGAGGCGCUCAGACUCGUGCAGGUGCUGAAAUUUUCCUGGCGGAAGUUUUGAUGUGGCUUCUGUUUGGCAGAUGGCAAAGCUGGCUCUCAGUGCUCGCGUUUUGCCCUCCAUUCCGCUCUUUCCUGAGUGGCUGUGAAGACGUUUAGUGUCUUGCCCAGCUGUUUGUUGGAAGGAUGCUGUUGGAAUUUGGAAGCAAAAGACAAGGCAGAGUUGCUGGGGAGUGCGGUUCUGGAGCAGCAGUGCCUGAUACCCGAGUGCCCGUGCAGAGCAGGUGCUGACUCCCGAGCAGGAGGAGAGGGCAGGCUGUCUGUGAAGCUGCUCCUGGAUUCAGAGGCACACUGAGACACCGGGGCAUGAACCAGUGCCCGAGCACCAGAGAAGGGUUCUGGCAUCGGUGAUGAGCAAUGGGGUAUGAUGUAGCACGUUUUCAGGGGGAUGUUGAUGAAGACCUUAUAUGCCCCAUCUGCAGCGGGGUCCUGGAGGAGCCGGUUCAGGCUCCUCACUGCGAGCACGCCUUCUGCAAUGCCUGCAUCACCCAGUGGUUCUCCCAGCAGCAGACUUGCCCCGUGGACCGCAGCGUCGUGACGGUUGCCCACCUCCGCCCCGUCCCACGGAUCAUGCGUAAUAUGCUCUCGAAGCUGCAGAUCACUUGCGACAACGCUGUUUUCGGCUGUACGGCAGUUGUGCGACUUGACAACCUGAUGUCUCACCUCAAUGACUGCGAGCACAAUCCGAAGCGCCCGGUGACUUGCGAGCAGGGAUGCGGCUUGGAAAUGCCCAAAGAUGAGCUGCCAAACCACAACUGCAUCAAGCAUUUAAGAUCCGUAGUGCAACAGCAGCAGACGAGAAUCGCCGAGCUGGAGAAGACCUCGGCAGAGCACAAGCAUCAGCUGGCCGAGCAGAAACGGGACAUCCAGCUGCUGAAGGCCUACAUGCGCGCCAUCCGCAGCGUCAACCCCAACCUGCAGAACCUGGAGGAGACAAUCGAAUACAAUGAGAUCCUGGAGUGGGUGAACUCCCUGCAGCCGGCCCGGGUGACGCGGUGGGGUGGAAUGAUCUCCACGCCGGACGCGGUGCUGCAGGCCGUCAUCAAGCGUUCGCUGGUGGAGAGCGGUUGCCCCACGUCCAUCAUCAACGAGUUGAUCGAGAACGCCCACGAGCGGAACUGGCCGCAGGGCUUGGCCACGCUGGAGACCCGCCAGAUGAACCGGCGGUACUACGAGAACUAUGUGGCCAAGCGCAUCCCCGGCAAGCAGGCCGUGGUGGUGAUGGCCUGCGAAAACCAGCACAUGGGCGAGGACAUGGUGCUAGAGCCGGGACUGGUGAUGAUAUUUGCACACGGAGUGGAGGAAAUUUAAGGACUUGCAAAGAGAAAACGCUUCGUGCUGACGAGGGAGAGGAGGGGGAAGGCGCAGAGGUGGAGACCGGGCGUAGCCGGUCAAAACUGCUGGUGUUCCCUGGUCACCGACAUGGUUUUCUUAGGGCACCGUUCCCUCGAACCUCUUGCUUCCUAGCUGAAACGAUUAAACGCCUCUGGUAAAUACUACUCAAACCCUUGGCCCAGCGGUGAGCACGCACUGCGGCCCCUCCACGUUCGCCCCUUGCAGAUCAGCUUCCCCGUUCGAUGUCUUUCAAGGAGAGAAGGAGCAACCGCUCCACCUGUUCUGCCGGACUCCUCAGACUCCUCGGGCUCCCAAAGCCCGGCUCCUGGUCCAGCCCAAACCUGAAGGCCCAGCUCAGCUCUUGCUGUGGACUGACCCCGCGGCCAAAUCCUCCUUGGGCUUUCUCUCCCUCUCUCGAUUUUCCUCCUCGCUCUGCGGCAUCUCUCCGCCGCCGUUUCCCCGAGCCUUGCCUCCGACCACGCAGCACGGCAGCAGCGGGGUCCGCUCCCCCCCUCCUGUGGGCUGGAGAAGGGGCUUGGCUGGGGGGAGCCCCCGAAUUGGGUGCCGUCACCCGGAGCCAAACCAGCUGCGACCGAGCCCCCGGCGCACACCGAGGGCUUGGGGGGGACUCGGGGCUGGGGACCGGCCUUUCCCCCGCCGUGGUGCCCUGCCGCCCUCGAGCCCCUCUCUCCGUGCAUGCCCCAGCCCUGCUCCUCCCCGGGGGGGACGGAUCCCCAUGCUUCUCCCCCCCCAGGCGUCUCCCCCCCGAGACGCCGUCCCGCCUUCGUUUGCCAGUGCUUGGCUCUGCUUUUUCUGCUGUUACUGGUGUUACUUUUCAGACACUUGUGACUCUGGUUCUGUAUUUUUUUUGUACUUUUUUUGGCCUUUUCUUGUUUUUUAUUUCCCCCUCCCCCUUUUAUUUUAUUUUUUGAAGUACCGUGGACAGGCACCUCAGAACCUGCUUACGUUUACUUGUUGGGAACUUAAUUUAUUUGCAUUUGUUUUGUUGUUUUUUACAGUACUUUCUCCUCCGGUGUCUGUACUGCUCGGAUCUGGCCGCGGCUCGGUCUGGUGCCCAGCCGGGCUGGCGGGAGGCAGGGAUUUAAGUGAUCAAUAAACGGCAUUCUGGUUGCUU